ACUAACGUUUAUCAUGAUUAUUUUACCUUACACUGCACCUUAUAAAUUCUACUCAGUUAUCAUCAAUCAGUGUCAGAAGUUUUCAUUGGAGUACGACGCAUUUCAGAGGAACAAGGAAACAUCAAUCUACAAUCUUAGAGUAUCUUUUCUACAAUGGGGCCAUUUGAGAUUUUGUGCAUAGCUGCUGCCAUUUGCCUUUUCCUCUACUGCUAUAGCACAUCAAAUCAUAAUUUUUGGAAAAUUCAAGGAGUCCCAGGACCUAAACCUCUGCCCUUUAUAGGAAAUUUAAAAGAUCUAAUAUUGAAUCGAUUAUCAAUAGGAGAUUUCACCAAAAAAAUUUACGAUGAAUUUGUGGACGAACCUAUAGUUGGAAUUUAUGCUAAAAAUAAUCCAGUACUGAUUCUUAAAGAUCUAGAAUUGAUAAAGGACGUAUUGAUUAAGGAUUUCUGCAACUUCAAUGAUCGCGGAAUGACAGUUAAUAGAAAAGUAGACCCUCUCUCUCAAAAUCUAGUUUCCCUCGAACUAGAAAGAUGGAGGCCUCUCCGAAAAAAACUGUCACCGGUUUUUACAUCCGGAAAAUUAAAGGGAAUGUUUUAUUUGUUAGAGGAAAGCUCAUGUAGUUUGGAUAAAUAUCUGCAAAAAUUAUUAUCCGUCCAUGAAGUAAUUGAGUGUCAUCAACUCACAUCGAAAUUUACGAUGAACGUGAUUGGUUCUUGUGCUUUUGGAAUAGACAUUAAUUCUCUUUCUGACGAGGAAAACGAAUUUGUUAAAAUGGGGAAGAAGAUGUUUGCUUAUAGCUUUUGGCGAAAUAUUAGAACGAAAGUUAGAGACCUAACACCAUGGUUAUUCAAUCUUCUUGGACCGCUUUUCAAGAAUACCGAGACGGCCGAUUUUUUCACAAAAUUUCUCACAGAUACAAUGAAAUAUAGAAAAGAAAAUAAUGUCAACAGGCACGAUUUUGUCGAUCUAUUGCAAUUUCUUAAAGAAAAUCCAGACAAGAUGGAUGAUAUAGAAUUAACAGAUAGUAUGAUUGUCGCACAGGCUGUCACUUUCUAUGCGGCAGGUUUUGAAACAUCGUCAACUACAAUGAGUCAUGCCUUAUACGAACUUGCUCUAAACACGUCAAUUCAAGAUAAGCUUCGUAAGGAAAUUCAAGAAGAAUUUGAAAUUUCUGGUAGAAAAUGGUCAUAUGAGAGUGUGAAGGGUAUGCACUACUUGCACCAAGUAUUUCAAGAAACUCUCCGAAAAUAUCCACCAGCAACAAAACUGACGAGAAGAUCCUCUAAAACCUAUACAUUCUCUGGAACCAAUGUAACAAUACCAAAAGACACAACAGUUUGGAUUCCUGUUUAUGGACUUCAUCGUGAUUCGAAAUAUUAUCCCAAGCCAGAGGUUUUUGAUCCAGAGCGGUUUAAUAAUGAAGCAAAAAAAAGAAGAAAUCCUAUGCUCUUUUUACCUUUUGGAAAGGGACCCAGAGAUUGUAUUGGGGCAAGAUUUGCGGUUUUUCAAACGAAAAUGGGCCUUAUCAAAAUAAUCCAAAGUUUUAAAGUUGAUGUCUGUGACAAGACUCCUAUUCCAUACAUCAAUAAUCCUAGAUCUCUUCUUCUCGCUCCAACAAAGGGUAUAUUUUUAAAAUUCUCAAGACUAUUUGGUCAUGUGGCUAAACAAUGUAAAAAAAGCCCUCGAUAUCGAUUCCGUGGCGGUGCUCUUCAUGAAACUGGGAUCGAAUGUCCCAAUGAGAAAUCACAUGUUGUUUGUAUCAACUGCAAGGGCUCUCAUUUAUCAUCAGACAAGAAAUAUCCAGAAAUCCUGGACCAAAUCUCGAUUAGGAGAUUUUCGGCGUUUAGAAUACUUCCCAUUAACGUAGCCACACGUCUAUUCCAUCAGGAGAAAAAACGUGCUCAAAGAAAAAACUCGAGCUUUGAUGUUAAGUCUUUGAUCAAAGAACCGAUCCCUCAUUCUAGCCUUCCCUCAACAAUGCCUAACUUUAAUUUUUCCAACUUCCCUAACUUUGUAGACGUUGACUUAGAUUCUGCCAUGGGUAACCCGAGUUCAAGCUUUCAACUACCUUUUGCAACCGUCACUGCUUUUUCGAAACCAAAACCAUGCGAACAGCACCAGAAUAAGCAACGUGCUCAAUCAUUAGUGUAUCAUCAGAAUCCCAACCACGGCGAUAAGCACGCUAAUUUGACUCACUCAAACAUGACUCCGACCUCUUUUAACACCACGGUCGGCGGUGCCAACAAUUCCUUGCGUGAGCUCGUCCCACGUAUGGAAGUCGAGGUCCUAGACAUUGACACAACGACUGACGUCGAUAAAAUGAUUGCGGCUGUCCAAAAUCACUUCGGGGAUUUGGAAAUAGGGAAGGUAAAAUUUGACUUAGCGAAGAGAGCCUUCAGGGGCCAAUUGAAGGCCUACGUGGAAUUGAAGGAGGAGUUUGUUGAACGACUCACUCGAACAGGAUAUAUAAAAGUUGCAAUGUUAUUCUUCCUCUAUUACUGGAGCUCAACUGCUCAUGAUUUUUGGAUAAUUCGAGGAGUUCAAGGACCAAAACCUUUACCUUUCAUUGGAAAUUUUAAGGACCUAAUAUUAAAUCGAUACUUUAUUGGAGACUUUGCGAAGAAUAUUUACGAUGCAUUCAAAAAUGAGCGUAUGAUUGGUAUUUUCGAUAGAACAAGGCCAAUUCUCAUACUUAGGGACCCAGAAUUAAUCAAAGAUGUGUUAAUCAAAGAUUUUAACAAAUUUUCGGACCGUGGGAUAACAAUUCACGAACAAGUAGAUGUUUUAUCCCCACAUUUAUUUAAUCUUGAACCUAAACGAUGGCGACCUCUUCGAAGAAUUUUUUCGCCCGUUUUCACAUCUGGAAAAUUGAAGGAGAUGUUUCAUCUUCUUCUGGAAUGCUCUAAUCACUUGGAACAGUAUCUGGAACAAUUAGUACCUAAAAAUAAACUAAUUGAGUGUCGUGAGCUCACAGCAAAAUUUACUACCGACGUAAUUGAUCUGACGGACGUUUUGCUAGUAGCUCAGGCAUUUGUUUUCUACGCCGCGGGUUUCGAAACGUCUGCAACUACAAUGAGUAAUGCAUUGUAUGAACUGGCUUUAAACAGUUCAAUUCAAGAAAAACUUCGAGAAGAAAUUCAAGAAGAAUUGAAGGUGACGGAUGGAAAAUUGAUUUACGACCGGUUAAAAAAUAUGAAAUAUCUACACAAGGUCUUUCAAGAAACUCUUAGAAAGUACCCACCAGUAUCGGUACUAAUGAGAAAAUCAACAGAGAAAUACACAUUUUCGGGUACUACUGUGACAGUUCCAAAAGAUCAGAGAAUUUGGAUACCCAUCUACGCUAUUCAACGUGAUCCAAACAAUUAUCCAGAUCCAGAAACAUUUGAUCCAGAAAGAUUUAAUGAUGAGGCAGUGCAAAACAGACAUUCUAUGCUUUUCUUAUCCUUUGGAGAUGGUCCUAGAAAUUGCAUUGGAGCAAGAUUUGCGGUCUAUCAAACGAAAGUUGGUCUUAUACAAAUACUCAAGCAUUAUAGAGUUGAUGUCUGUGAGAAAACUGCCAUCCCCUAUGUCAAUAAUCCGUAUGGAUUUCUUCUUCAACCUGUGGAAGGGAUACAUCUGAAAUUCUCAAAAGUAUCCUAAUUGAUUGUAACUAUAUUUGAGUAACUUCAUAAAAGAUAUUAUUGUCAGUUUAAUUUAAAAGAAGCAUUUCUUAUUAACAUCAAAAGUUUGAAAUCAUGUUUGAUUUAUUUAUUACAAAUAAAUAUUAAGUAUUU